GUGAGAAACCAGGAUACUGAAUUCGGUUGCUAGUUCCUGCUGCACAAUAGUGGGCCCGAGGGAAAAUUCUCCAUGCAGUGCGGGUAUACGCUGACUUUUGAACUGCUGAAACUGCUAUGGAAUGCAAGAGUUAGAUUUGUGGCUGAUGCAGCGCCUAUUUCAAGCGAAGUUCUUCCGAGCGUGGUGCGGGAGCCAAGCCCGGGAACUCGCUUGUUCAUGGUCUUUAAGAGUAUCUACGUUAGUGACGAGAAAUGCUGGGAAGCAAAAGGUGUUUCCCACCCGCUUUUGCUAUCGAACGUGCAGAGACGUGGCCCCAGUUUUGCCGCUGAGCCCAGCGCAGCUCUAGGCCUUUGUGUACAAACCACACCCACACGCUCCCUUCGCCGGCCUACGCCGAGCAUUUGCUGCCGGCAGCCGCGGUUAUACUUUUACUCAUAGCGGCGGCGGGGCGGCAGUGCAGCUGUUCCUUACACAGGUCAGAAGAAACUGCUGCAUGUCGUAGAGAAGAAGUAGCUACUCUGCCCUUGACUGUUGUUCGUGGCCGGCCGGCUGCCCGGCCAGGCCCGUGCUCCAUUCGCCUGGCACUCGCCCCUUGCUUGCAGUGCGCCCACCCGCUAUGUAUGACUACGACCAGGUCACUGCCUUCCUGGGCAAGUGGGGCCCUUUCCAGCGCCUCAUCUUCUUCCUGCUCAGCGCCAGCAUCAUCCCCAACGGCUUUAACGGGCUCUCCGCCGUCUUCCUGGCCGGCACCCCCGAGCACCGGUGCCGGGUGCCCGCCAGCGCCAACCUGAGCAGCGAGUGGCUCAACAACAGCAUCCCCCUGGAGGAGCGCGACGGGCGGCAGGUGCUCAGCCGCUGCCGCCGUUACCGCCUGGAGGCCCUGGCCCACUUCUCCGCCACGAACCUGGAGCCCGGCCGCGACGUCAACCUCAGCCAGGUGGAGCAGGAGAAGUGCCUGGACGGCUGGGAGUACAGCCGAGAGCCCUACCUCUCCACCAUCGUCAGCGAGUGGGAUCUUGUGUGUGACAACGACUGGAAAUCACCCCUAACUACCUCUUUAUUCUUUGUGGGCGUACUGUUUGGAUCCUUUAUAUCUGGACAACUUUCAGACAAAUUUGGUAGGAAGAAUGUACUGUUUCUAACCAUGGGAAUCCAGACUGGCUUUGGCUUCCUCCAGAUCUUCUCAACGAGCUGGGAGAUGUUUUCCAUCCUCUUUCUCAUUGUUGGAAUGGGGCAGAUCUCUAAUUACGUGGCAGCGUUUGUGCUCGGCACAGAAAUUCUUGGCAAAUCAAUCCGUAUUGUAUACUGCACAUUAGGCGUUUGCAUAUUUUAUGCAUUUGGCUAUAUGUUGCUGCCAUUGUGUGCUUACUUCAUCAGAGAAUGGCGGAUGCUACUACUGGCUCUUACUGUACCUGGUCUCCUGUACAUUCCACUGUGGUGGUUCAUUCCAGAAUCCCCUCGGUGGCUGCUUGCACAAGGAAGGGUUCAGGAAGCAGAAGACAUCAUUCGGAAAGCUGCAGAAAAGAACCAUGUUACAGCUCCAGAUGUAAUAUUUGAUCCUAUUAAGGUACAAGAUUUGAACUCCCAGGAACAGCAGACAUACAGCAUUUUGGACCUAGUGAGGACUCGAAAUAUCCGAUCUAUCACUAUCAUGUGUGUGAUUUUAUGGAUGGUCAUUUCCAUAGGCUACUUUGGCCUCUCUCUGGAUACCCCGAACUUACAUGGAAACGUCUAUAUCAAUUGCUUCCUUUCAGCAGUAAUUGAAGUCCCAGCUUAUACCAUCUCCUGGCUGCUCCUCCAAUAUCUCCCCCGGCGGUAUUCUAUGGCAGCAGUCUUGUUCUUAGGAGGAUGUGUUCUUCUUUUUAUUCAGUUGGUGCCUACAUACCUUAGUGUUGUGUCCAUUACCCUGAUGAUGAUUGGAAAGUUUGGAAUCACAUCCUCAUUCUCAAUGGUUUAUGUCUACACUGCUGAGCUCUACCCAACGGUUGUGAGAAACAUGGGAGUCGGUGCCAGUUCAAUGGCCUCCAGAUUUGGCAGCAUCCUCUCACCUUACUUUGUAUAUCUUGGUGCUUAUGAUAGAUUUCUUCCCUACAUUUUAAUGGGAAGCUUGACAGUGCUGACAGGAAUCCUGACCCUGUUUCUUCCAGAAAGUUAUGGUGCACCUCUCCCUGACACCAUUGAGCAGAUGCUCAGAGUUAAAGGAAUUAAAUACAGGAGUGCAUCUAAAAGCCAAAGGAGAUUAAAGUAUGGAGAAGAAAAUUCAGUGAUUCUAAAAAACACAUCUUUGUGAUGAAGCUACAUUGCAUACUAUAUUAUGAACUAAAAAAGUACUUAAACAUUUCCUUUAAUUUACUUCCAGAAAGGACUAAUGAAAGCACUUUUUGUAAAAUCAACUUAUUUAUUAAGCAUACAUUCAUUUUUGUGAAUGUAAGUAUUGUAUAUCCAACUGUGGAAUCUCUGCCAGCAAUUGUACAAAUUACACAGAACAAUGUUAGAGAAGGUAGAGAUGGGGGGGAGGUCUGUUCGCCUUUAGAGCCCUUUAUUGACAAAUACCCUUUUUGUGAGAUCAAGGUUUUAAAACAUGCUUGAAGAUCCAGAUUGACGGACUGACUUCACUAUUCAUUAUACACUGGCAAAAGGUGAAACAUGUUAUCGACUUUAAAUCUUGGUCAAGUAUCACCACCCAGCUUAGGAUGCUGUUUCUGUUCAGAAAACCUUAAGCUUAAAAUGAUGUGGAUGCUAAACACUACACAAAUGUUUUUAUGCAAUACAACAUUUAUGCUGAUUUUUGAAAAUCAGCAUCUGACAAAAAAUGAGAGAUGUAUUUCACAUGCAAAACAUUGGCAGUCUAGUUUUAUUUGCCAGCCUACCUUUCUUAUUUCAGAAAACCGCUGGGUGCCGUUGUUUACAUCUGGGAAUGACAUUUUGCCUUAUUUAGGCAUAUAUUUAUUUUUUAAAAUAUUCCAUUGCAUCUGUAACUCUUCUCUUUCAAUACUCCAUAAGUUGAUUUUUCUCUUAAGUUGCCUCUAACUCUGAAAGGCAGUAGAAGCUAGUACAUAUCUGUAUUUCCAAAUCCUUUGGUCUUUUCCCAUCUCUGCCUAAACUAUCUUCAGUUACAUACUAGGUAUGUAAUAAAGUUACUUAUAAUACAGAGCUUGCUCUCAAUGAACCAGUCAGGUGCCUUCAACUUGAUGAAAAACAUAACUGUUGCCUUUUGGGAACAGAGUGCAUUAUUUUAAAUGAGUAUCAUGAAAUUAUAAAAACAAGUCUUGUGCCUAAGCAGCUGUGUCAAAUCUACCAAGAAACCUUACCUAUGCGUAAGGUCAGAGCUACAUUGAUUACAUUGGUUGCUCUUUCCUUUCAGCCAAAAUGUUAAUUUGAACAUUGAAUUACAUUAUGAAAGAGGUAAAUAUUCUUUUUUUGUGAUACAAAUGUGCCUUUUAAACAGUUGAAUAUAAAGUCGUGUCAUAUUGUAUAUUUUGUUUUAAUAAUUUAUUAGCUGUCUCGGAGGUUUUUAAUGACAGAGGUAAUACAUAAAUAUCGUAAAUUAAUAAAACUUGUUUUUAUAAACGGAGUUGCUAGAGAGCAUUUGCUUCUGUUGUUUGAAGACAUUCCAGAAAUUAUGUGCAAUUUAUCAUCAUAUGAAUGUACCACUCUUCCCAAUUCUUGCUGACGGCUGCUCUCUCUGAUUUUGAUUGGUCUUUACUAUCAAGAACUUUACUAUAGUUGCCCACAUGAUGGUACCAGAUAGUGGGCCAGUACCUUUUGAUAAAAAGUUGGGGUAUAAGUAUUCUAAAUGGGUGAAGACUAUAGCUUUCCCAGUGCUCCAGUUUCUGAAUUUCUUAAAACUGCUCUUCUUGCCCUAAUAAGAGCUAUCAUACUUAAUCAUACUUAUUUAGUAGUUGCACUAGUAUUAAAGUGACCUGCUGGAUGAUACCUACAAGAUCACUGCAAAACCCUUCAGAAGUCCUUCACUUUUCUGCACUAUUUUGUAUGCCUUUCUGUUCUUUUUUAAUUAAAAAAAUAUUUCCUCCCCUUUUUUUUCUUUUGAGGCUGUUGCAUUCCCUCCUGGCAAUAUUUUUUAAAAAAUUGGUUCCCUAGCACCACCAUCUGGCAAGACUAAUCCCAUGCUAAUCUUCAUGUGCUGUUUAAAGGCAGUGGAGCUUCAAAAGAGUAUCACAGUAUGCUCUCAAGGGGCUCUUUUAAAAAAGUCGGAGAGAGGAAAAAUGGAAUCAGCUCAAAGGUAGAGCUGCCUCUUUUGUAUACCUAAAAGUGUUCUUGGGAUUGUGGCCUUGGUACAUACAAAAUCAUGCUUUCAUCAAAGAUUUCUUUUCAGAUGUUCAGUGUUGAUUUGGAAAUAAUUUAUUCAUGAAAUAUUUGCAUUUUAAUUGGGAUAUAAUAUUAAUUCAAAAUAAAAACCAAAUCCUUUUUUAAAAAAAAUGUUGUGGUAGUCUUCUGGAAACCAUCUUCAUUCUUGUAUUGAUUAUCUAGGGUGAUUUGGGGUACUUUAUUAUUUUUCAAACAUUCCAGUUUUCUUAUUUCACUUUUAACUGCAUGUUUUGUAGAUUUUUGUACCCCAUAUUUCCCUCUCCUGGCUCAUGGUUUUGGUCUGUGUUGCUCUGUAGUCACUAUGCCUUCGUAUCUAAUUCUUCCUGAUGCUUCCUCAUCUCUGUGUAUUCCCUGAAUUUUUUUAAUGUCCAUUGGCCAAGAGAUGUUAGGAAGAUGUGGCUUCUCCCUUAACUGCAGCACCAUAAUGGGAGAAGUUGCACCAGAAGGAUUCUUGCCACUACAUGUAAGGAGAGCAAAGGCAGCUAUUUAAAAUUGGAUGAUACCACUCGUAUAUGCUUCACAUUACACUGUUUCUAAAUUUGAGUCACCAUAAAAAAAUAAUAAUGGUUUGCAUUUGAUUUACCAUCCUGUUAGCUAGUUACACAUAUUGUGAAAGAAAACUAAAAAAUAUCCUUGGCAGAGGGACAAGAAAACUGUAAAAAGCAAGUAAUAUUUGAAACAUGGUUUAUUGGGGGAAGGGAGACAGCCAGAGCAAGGAGUAAGAAUAAAAAGCCCACCUUCCUCUUUUCAUUACAGUACAAGUAACACCCACAUAUUGGGGGAAGAUGAACAUACAAUUUUGUCUAAGUCUGCUGAACCCAUGUUUGUGAAAAAAUACCAUAUUUGUGUGAAGCAGUAUUUUAUUAA